UACCUACCACAGCAAAAAUAAGUGCGCAAUGAUUGUCUUUUUGUUAGAGAUGAUCAAGUCAGCACAGCUUCUGUGGAGUCGCUGAUUCAGUUCUCCUAAGGAUGGAAUUUUAAAUGGUUUAUGAUCGGGAGACGACUUGGAAUCUUUCGACAUUUGCAUCGUAACUGUUGCUCAAAUAAUGAUUGUUUGGGGUUUAAAAAAAGGAGAAAAAUACAACCUUUCAAAAUAUGACCAAUUUUUUCCAAAUGAAAUGCCGUAACUGUUAAUAUUGAAGAUUUUCUGAACUGGAAACUCGAUGAUAAAACUUAAAGUGCAGAUCCAGUACUCCUUUGCCAAUUGUAUGCUCCACACAGCUCCGUUUCUCAUGGCCCGGCUAUGACAGAUACAAAAUUGAGCCUGCUUUCUGAUGGUAGGCAGUUUUUGGCCAGAGGACCUAUGGUUAUUGUGAAAUUGGUGUUCAAAGGCUGUACUCCGACCUCUGUCUCCGGGUCCUGUUGCCGUAGCGUAAUCGCGAUUCCGUGGUAUGUGCUGUGCCAACUCUAUCGGGCCGCUUAUUUCGCCGCGCCGAUAUUUGUGCCGCUGGUGCCGCCGGCGGCGUUUUCCACAUUUUCGAAGCUGGCUGAAGUAAUUAUAUUUUCGUUUGUUUUCCAUUGUUGCCUGUUUUCCAUGCUAUGAGUAUAGUUGUAAGAACAACCUAACAGGUUUUGUCUUUUGUAAUUGUAAUCAAGCGUGGGCCGUGGCCGUGGGCAUUGGCAUUAGCGGUGGGAGAAUAUGGAGAGCCAGAGCUUGCUGGACGACUCUCUGGUCACUGACUCCCAGCCAGGCACUACUGAUGCCGGCAUCCCAAUGUGCCCUGCCUACCAAAUCGCUCCGGGGCCGGCCCAGGCACCGCCCACUCGUCUGGUGGCCGCCAGCGACGACAGCGACACCGACUACGAAGGCGAAACCGAGCAGCAGCCGCUGCCUCUGCGUUCGGACAGCAACGCAUCCGUCAGCACCGAUAAAUGCAGCUCCCGUGCUAUCGUGAAUGCCACCUUUGAUGACGAUAGCGACACGGACAUGUCUGACGCAGAAGAUUGGGCGAUCCGGCCGACUCGGCCCUCACCGACCGUCAGCGGCAUUGUUGCGGAGACACCGUCAAAACCAGAACCCGACAGAAGCUUCACGAGAGACACUGUUGAGCGGGAGGCUCAGCUGACUGCCAGUACCGCCCGCUCAACCAGUGUAGACCUCGAGGCAGACACUCAGCUUUGUGGCAGUGCUGCUACCGCGUCUAGUGUAGAUCUCGAAGCAGAAACUCAGCUUAAUGUCACUGCAGCCCGCUCGAUCAGCGUAGACCUUGAGGCAGAGACUCAGCUGGACGGUGGCGUCGCGCACUCCACUAGUGUAGAUCUUGAGGCAGAGACUCAGCUAAAUGUCAGCCAUGCAGCCCGCUCAAAUAGUGUUGAUCUUGAGGCUGAGACUCAGCUGGGUGCUGGCGUCGCGCACUCCACCAGUGUAGAUCUUGAGGCAGAGACUCAGCUUAGUGUCAGUGCAGCCCGCUCGACCAGUGUUGAUCUUGAGGCAGAGACUCAGCUGGGUGCUGGCAUCGUGAAUUCAACCAGUGUUGAUCUGGAAGCGGAGGCCCAGCUAGUCGUAAGUGCUUCCCGCUCGGCGGCUGUGGAUCUCGAAGCAGAGACACAGCUGGGCCGACCGAACGUUGACGCUCGGGACGUCCCACGGGAAAUGGAAGUGGAAGACGCCAGACAUGUGGACCGCACAGAGAAGUGGCCACCGGAGAGAGAGGCUACCAGUGAUGACGAACUGGACGCACCAACUCAAGUGUACCCUGGGCGGAGCAAACAACUCUCGGAUGGGCCUGGUGCCUCGCGAAGACACGUUGACUCCAGGGAUUCAGAAAAUUGUGGUUUUCGCAAACCGAAAAUUCCCGGACUGGGUUCAACUGUAGUCGCUGGUGCUCGCAUGAGCUCUGCCGAAAAUAGCUUGAACGUUUCUGACGUGGAUUUAGAUGCCCCAACUCAGGUGUUCGAUACUGCGGAUGACGAAGACCAGGCUGACGAUAGCCUGGACCUGGAAGCAGCAACCCAGGUGUUCAGAGUUCCCAGUGAAGGCUAUAUGAAAGUUCCUGUUUCGAAUUCAAAGGAAGACGCUCAUAAGCGCAAGAAUCAUUCCGUGGAAAGUCCGAAUGUCAGCGGUGUAGACUUGGAUGCAGCCACCCAGGUGUUCAGGAUUCCCAGUGAAGAACACAUGGAUGUGAGUGAUAUCGAUUUAGAUGCAGAAACACAGGCAUUUAGUGCUCGUAAUAAGACGGUUUUGGACAAAAGCAGUGUUGAUUUGGAUGCUCCGACACAGGCAUACCAUGGCCAAGUUGACACAAGUCCAGAUAGAUCAGACAUAGAUCUAGGUGCGGCUACCCAGAUUUACAGAGCCCCUGGUGAGGAAAGUAUGAACGUUUCUGCCGUGGAUUUAGAAGGGGCCACGCAAGUCUUUAGACCCACAUCUAAACGCAGCUUGGACUCUUCUGAUGUUGAUUUAAAUGCGGCCACGCAGCUCUUUGUGGGUUCGGGUGGAAAAGGCCAGGCCCAGGACGUUGCAGAUACGGAAUCGGAUGAAGAUGAAGACUCACAAGCCGGCGGUGCUCGUGGUAAGGCGAUUUUGGACAGGAGCUGCGUUGACUUGGAUGCUCCGACACAGGCAUUCCAUGGCCAUGGCGACGCGAGUCCAACUGGAUCUGAUGACAUAGACCUAGGUGCGGCCACCCAGAUUUACAAAGCCCGUGGCGAGGAAAGCAUGGAUGUAUCUGCCGUAGAUUUAGAUGGCGCCACACAAGUCUUUGAACCCGCAUCUAAACGCAGCAAGAACGCUUCAAGGGUUGAUUUGGAUGCUGCCACUCAGCUGUUUGUGCAUCCCAGUGAAGAGAAUCUGAACGUUACAAAAGCGGACGAAGACACAGAUGUGGAUGCUGGUGAACACCUGAAUGAUACGCACAUCGACUUGGAUGCUGCCACCCAGGUUUUUAAAAUGCCCAGAAAAGAAAGAAGCGUAAAUGAGAAUGAUAACACAAAGGCAACUACCCAGAAUAGGGUAAACAAUGAAAAUCUCUCAAACGAGCCCGACAUUGACGAGGAUGCCAGCACCCAGAUCUUCAAUCCGAAGAGUGCUGCUACUCCAGGAACUGAUGAGAAGCCUCGUCAAGAAGAGAUAGCCUCCACGAGCUCUGAGCUAGCUUCGACACAUGCUGGAGGUCGACGCAACACGGUCGACGUGGACAUUGAAGCUGCCGUGGAUGUAUCGGAGUGCGGUGACGCUGCUAGCGGCGCGGAGGCGCACCGGCCCACUGAGGAUGAAGCGUCACGAGGCGUCGCCGUCACAGACGACAGCGAUACGGACAUGAGCGACGUGUCAACGGCGCAGACUGACUGCAGAGUUUCGAGCGAACGUGUUACGCCUGGGGCUGUCACAGCGAAACCCGCCGCUGAGACGAGCGAGGGGCUGGCGAGUGGUGAAGGUGCCGGAGCCGGCGCCGACUCGGACUCUGACUCUGAUCUGGAGCCGUCGCAGAGAGUCUCCUCGCCGGUGCUGAGUCCCCGUCAGCAGCCGGAGAGCCCUUCAGGCGUGGUGGAUGACCCAGAGGAUAUGAUCGCCACUCAGCGAAUGCCGUCUCCGGGAAGGAGGACUGGGGGUGGCGAGAAGCUGCCUCUCACACCGCAGCGAGCGGGUGGCGAGAAGCUGCCUCUCACACCGCAGCGAGCGGGUGGCGAGAAGCUGCCUCUCACACCGCAGCGAACCUGCAGCGGCCUUAGCACGGAGAGCGAGACGGACGACUACCGCAUAGAGCUUCCCAGCACGCAGGAACUACUGCAGGUGCUGGCUAUGAGCUCCUCCCAGUCAGCGCCGUCUCCGCCCGUCCAGGAGAUGCAGGAGGAGGAUUCCGAGUCUCCAGUGCGGUCUCCGUCCCUGCUGGAGGAGUCGCCGCCGCCGCUCGUACCGUCCGACACCAGCACCGUGCGAUCGGUAACCGAGGCUGACGCGGCGCGGCGGCUCUUUGCUGACUCCCCAUCCCAGCCCGAAGAGAGCCGCAGGGAUAGUCUUGAACGUGAAGUUAAGGAAGAAGACGAUUUGUUGGCAGACACCAACACUGUUGAGCAGCAGGGCCCCGAAGAACGCCGCAGGGUUAGUCCUGAACGUGAAGUUCAGGAAGAAGACGAUUUGUUGCCAGACACCGACACCGUUGAGCACCAGGGUAGGGACGGAGAGCAGACUGUUGGACCGGCUGGAGCCUCCACAUCGGCUGCGGCCUCCACCGAGGUUGCUGAGGACGAUGCUGACGGUGACCAAACGACUGACAUUGUUAUUGAUAUAGUCGAAGAUUCGCAGAGUCCGAGCAAAGCCGCACGUGCCGGGACGAGCACGGGAGUCCGGCCGACGGUCGUUGAUCUGUCCUCCCCUGAGAAACAGCUGCACGUGAUCAGUUCGCCUGUGAAGAGGCAGCUUGCAGGCAGGCAGGUCCGGGCAGCCGCCGGGCGCGGCAGAGGCAAACGGCGGGCCACCGAAGGAGCGGUGUCGGCGGGAACAUCAGGAGCCGGACAGACCGUAGAGGCGAUGGUCGGUCGGAGAACGUCCAGUCGGCGAGUGAAACCGCCGGAGAAGUUUUCACCGAGCAAGCCGGACUCUGGUGGGAAGCGCCGGCGCAGCGACACGCCGAACCUCGCUGACUCCAGCAGUAAGCGGCGCCGGGCGGCGGCGGCACCGGUCAGCAGAGGCGGGCGACGGCGGACUGAUCCGCUGCGGCAGGACGAGGGGGCCGCGACAGUCGGCCAGGAGGAGCCCGGCGGCGCCACGGACGGCGGCGAAGUCUGUCCCUCUGGAGCGUCCCUCGGCUCUGCGCCGACCGGGGAGCAGUCGGCGGCGGCCCCAGUGUCCCGCCGCAGCGGACGGCAGACUGCCGGUUCGCGGGCUCGCGGCCGCGGCCGCCGGGUCGCCGGUACGCCAGACCGCGUCACGGAACCCGGUUCACCGGCUCACAGCACCGAACCCGGUUCACCGGCCCGCCGCACCACACGGCGGGCCGCGGGUUCGUCGUCCCGUAGCACGGAACGACCGGCCGCCGAUUCACCUGCCCGCAGCACGGGACGCGGCUCACCAGUCCGCCGCACCGGGCUGCGAACCGCCGGUUCACCGGCUCGAACCACAGCUGAACCCGGUCCACCAGUCCGCCGGACAGCAUGGCGCACCGCUGGUUCGCCAGCUCGCAGUACAGGACACGGUUCACCAGCUCGAAGCACUGGACGGCGCACCACUGGUUCACCAGCUCGCAGCACUGUAUGCUGUGCACCGGCUCGCAGGACCGGACGUCGGGCCGCCGAUCCCCCGGCGGCUGAUCGCCAACAGCGGCCGUCGGCGGCCCGGCCGAUCAUCCCGGUCGUCAUCGACUCAGACAGCGCCUCAGAAAUCGAUCUCACGGCCUCCUCGCCCGAAACCGUCUCGUCAGCGGCGCAGAGCCGGGGUAACCGCCGGACCAGGGUCUCCCACAGACAGGCCCCCGCCGCGGCAGCAAAGCGGCCACGCACGGCGAGGAGUGCUGCCGCCGCUGCUGAGUCGUCGGCAGACGUGGCACACAACCGUCCGAAAAAGACAGCACGGGACUCACGAGCGGCCCCCUCUCAUUUAGACUCGCCUUUGGAUGAAACGAGGAGCAUCGCUCCGUCAACUAUUACAGUAUCGUCUCAAACGUCGGUUCGCUCCGCGUCGAGUUCGGGCCGCGGCGUGACGCCCAGUAACCACCCUCGCGUCCUCUUCACCGGCUUCGAGCGCGACUCGGCCGACGAGCAGAUCGUCAAGUCGCUGGGGGGCACGGUGGUGGAGCGGCCGGCCGAAUGCACGGUGUUGGUCACGACAGGCGUGAAACGCACCAUCAAACUGAUGGCCUGUUUCGCCAGGGGGACUCCGAUUGUGACUCCCGCCUGGCUGACAAAGUCAAAACAAGCAAAGUGCUUUUUAGAUCCAUGGCAGUUUCUCGUAGAAGAUAAGGCGGCGGAGGCGAAGUUCGGUUUUUGUUUCGGUUUGAACCUGCGGAAGGCGAGCCGACGAGCCCAUCCGCUGCUGGAGGGCUGGUCGGUCUAUGUGACUCCGCAGGUUCGGCCGCCUCCCGAUCAGCUCAAAGAGGUGAUUGAGUGCGCCGGCGGCCUGUUUCUGCCGCGGCUGCCGCGCAGCUCGGCAGACCGUGUGGCGGUGAUCUCGUGCGGCGAGGACGCGCGCCACUGGCCGGCCGCGCGUCGGCUCCACCUGCCCGUGGUGUCGGCCGAGCUGCUGCUCACGGGCGUGCUUCACCAGCGGAUAGACGUGCGGCGGCACGCGCUCACCGGGUAAACCGCGCCGCCGACCUGCGCCCCGGGCCGGACCGAGGGAGGGACGAGACUCAUCGGGAUCAUUUGUUGCUGUGCAAACGCCCUCCAUUGUUAUCUCAGCGUGAACUUAGGUUGACGGCAGUUCAUCCAUAGAUAGGACCAGACACUGGCGUCGUCUGAUGCGGGUUAUAUGCGAAAUGCCUUAUGUUGCCAGCGGGCUUAUCAUUAUGAAGUGCGUCGAAUUGUGCGUGGAUUGCUGCUGCUGCUCGCCAUCUCGCUUUCACUGCACUAGGCUGUAUUGGGGUUGAGCUUCAUCAGUAUUUAUUCACAAGCGACGACAUAAUAUAGAUCUCAAACGUUUGAAA